UGAAACUACCUUUGCUAUGUCACAAUCGAAUGCAAUCGUCGACGGUCAUGUAACACUUUAAGCACCGUGUUUUCAGCUUUUUCAGAACUCGUGGUGAAAGCGAGAUCACGAGCAUCAUGAAAAUAAGACACUGAUGAAAGAUAUUGAGACUUGGUUCGUGGUUCCCAUAGCUGAUAACAUUUCUUGUUGUCUACAUCGGCAAGUAUGGCUUCAUCAUCUCCAGUAGCAGCUGAAGAAAGCGGCAGCACGUGUACCAAUAAGACAUCACACGUUGCUUCCAGUAGUGCAGAGAUGGACCAGUCCUGCAGCAGGCAAGAUAUUGGUCUACCAGCACAUGUACGAAAUGGUUUUGACCAAAGGGAACAAGAAGAGGAACCUGUGCAGAAAAUGGACACCGUUGACCAGCCCGGUGUUCCAGAUGUUUUGACCCCAACUGCAAGCUCAACGAUCCUAGCGCCAACUACAAGUGCCUCAAGUACAAUGGUUUCUGCUGAAAAAAUGCAGACACCCAAGACUGCCACUAAUGAUAGACUGUCAACUUCUGAUCACGAGACGCCAACUGCAAGCUCGUUAAUCCGAGUACCAACUACAAGCCCCUCAAGUAAAACCCCAUCCGGUGAGAAAGCACGGGCAGUCAAAACAGUCAGUGACAAACUAUCAACUUCUGAACACGCAAGGCCAACUGCAAGCUCGUGGACAAAACACCCCGCUGGUGAAAGCAGUCGCGUGAUUGCAUCUGGAAGCCGCGACAUGCCGUCGACAAGCAAGAAGGACAUCUUCAGCGUGGACACCAGCCUGAUCCCGUCGGUGCCCGGCCAGCUGCAAGCCACGGAGCUUCAGGGUCUGGAGGGGGUCAGCGUCUUCAACCAGGAGGAGUUUGAGAGAGGGGUCAUGGAGCAAGUGGACCAGGCCAUCACGGUCCGACAGAAGGCCGUGGACCGGGAGAGGGCUGAGAAGGAUCUGGACAGGGUGCUGACCGAUAUACGUUCAUGCAAGAAGGAACUGGGCCACCUGGAUAGGGCAAUUGCCCUUGCAAACGCUAAGUCCUUGACGUCUCCAGUAACGUUUGCUCAGAAGGAGGUACAGAGGAACAUCAUAUCCAUGCGCACAAAGAGAGACAACAAGGCAAAGCAGCUGAAGACACUGCGUGCUCGUCAGCGAUCACUGCUUGCCAAGCUGAGCGGUUCAGACGUUGCUCCGCAGGUCUCAGAAGAUGACGGAGAUGAUGAAGAAAGGAAUGUAGAAACAUACCAGCAUUUUCUGUGCAGCAGUCCAUCCUCUGACGGUAUUCCAUCCAUUGCGCCGGAGGAGACGGAGCAAGAACGUCUGAUCCGACUCGGCGAGAUGACCCCCUUCGGAUCAACGGUCCAAUCAAAGGCCUCGACAAGCAAGGCGACCACAUCAACGGCGAAACCCGCCCCAAGGCCUAUGACUGACUUUGAGAAGUUUAUGGUGCAGAAAACCGAGGAGGACAUGACAAGACGCAAGAAGGUCGUGGUGCGGAAAAAGACGCCCAUCAAAUCCAAACCGGAAUCCGUCGUGCCGACGAGCUCAGAGAAGAAAACUCAAGCAGGGCAAUCAAGUGGAAAGAUGUUUUCAUCCAAGACCAAAGCGUCCAGCAAAACUGAAGGGAAAAAAGUUAAGGAAAAAUCUAGGAAGCACAAACCGGAAGUCGCCAAGAAGAAAUCCGUGAAGGACUCCAGCCAGAGGAAGGAGGGAGCCGCAAGUGACUCGUCGGACGAUGGUACGUAUUUCGUCUACAAGCCCGUCCGAAGCGAGUCCUCAAGCUACCCGAAGGCUCACAAGAGACGGAGAAAGGCCAGGGACCUGCGUCCUCACUGGGGGAGCGACGAAGAAAUGAGCGACUACUGCGAGGACAGCGCGGGAAGUGACGAGGAUUACACGCCGGGGUUUGACGACUUCUCACAGCCAUCGGACGAAGAUGAUGAAUACAGCUCCCCACUCCAGAAGAAGGCCAAUAACCGCGGCCGUAAGCCCAAGGUAUCUACGGAGGAUUUUGAGGACGGCACUAUUGCCUGUCUGGAUGAUCUGAAGAGAGCAUACGGUGUCAAUGUCAAACGCUCCAGCAGCCACCGCAAGUCCAAGUGCAAGGAUGACGCCACUCAGGAUAUGUACUACCGCAGGCUGAAGGAGCAUCGCCGUUCUGAGUUGCUCAAGAAGCAGCGUCGUAUUGAGCAAGGGGUAGUGGACAGCGACUCUGAACCAGAAGACAUGCAGUUUGAUGGAGGGUUUACCGUCCCUGGAAAAAUGUGGUCUAAUCUCUACAAGUACCAGAAAGUCGGAGUGAAGUGGUUAUGGGAGUUACAUCAGCAGCAGGCUGGAGGCAUCGUGGGAGAUGAGAUGGGCCUGGGCAAGACUAUCCAGAUGAUUGUCUUCUUUGCCGGACUGAAGGCCAGUAAAGUACGCAACCCUGGGUCCAGGUACAUUGGUGUUGGUCCGGUCUUGAUCGUCUGUCCAGCCACCGUCAUGCAUCAGUGGGUCAAGGAGUACCACAAAUGGAUGCCAGAGAUGAGGGUAGCUGUCCUACACGACUCGGGGUCUCACACUGGAACAAAGAGGGCCUUGAUCCAUGAUAUAGCCCUGAGCCACGGGACUCUAGUGACUUCCUACUCAGGAGUGCGUAUACAGGAAGAACUGCUGCUGAAGCAUGACUGGCAUUACAUCGUACUGGACGAGGGACACAAGAUACGUAAUCCUGACGCUGCAGUCACGCAGUCAUGCAAACAGUUUCGUACCUGUCAUCGGAUCAUCCUGUCCGGUUCCCCCAUGCAGAACAAUCUCCGUGAGCUCUGGUCUCUCAUCGACUUUGUCUUCCCUGGCAAGCUGGGCACCCUGCCCGUUUUCAUGGAGCAGUUCUCUGUGCCCAUCACCAUCGGAGGCUACUCAAAUGCCACACAAGUGCAGGUGCAGACAGCAUACAAGUGUGCCACCGUGCUUCGGGACACCAUCAACCCGUACCUACUAAGACGAAUGAAGGCCGACGUCAAGCAGAGCCUUCAGCUACCUGACAAGAAUGAGCAGGUCUUAUUCUGCAGGCUGAGUGAGGAGCAAACCGAGCUGUACAAGGAGUAUCUGAACUCCAAGGAGUGCCAGCUCAUAUUGAACAGGGAGUACCAGGUCUUUGCAGGGCUUAUUACUCUACGCAAGAUAUGCAACCACCCCGACUUAGUCAGCGGCGGCCCCAAGAUCAUCAAGGGUGACCAGAGUGCCGAGGCCGUCCUGGCCGCCAACGAUCCCAAAAUGCAGUACGGCUACUGGGAGCGAUGUGGGAAGAUGAUCGUGGUCAACUCGCUACUGAAACUCUGGCACAAGCAGGGCCACAGGGUCUUGCUGUUCUCACAAAGCAAACAGAUGCUGGAUAUCAUGGAGGACUUUGUUAAGCACACAUACUCCUACAUGCGCAUGGAUGGCUCAACCUCCAUCUCAUCCCGACAACCUCUCAUCCAGCAGUACAACAGUGACCCAUCCAUCUUUGUGUUCCUGCUGACCACUCGUGUGGGGGGCCUAGGGGUCAAUCUGACCGGGGCCAAUCGAGUGGUCAUCUUUGACCCGGACUGGAACCCCAGCACAGACACCCAGGCCAGGGAGAGGGCGUGGCGCAUCGGCCAGAACCGCCAAGUGACCAUCUACCGACUGAUCACCAACGGGACCAUUGAAGAGAAGAUCUACCACAGGCAAAUCUUCAAGCAGUUCCUGACCAACCGUGUCCUGAAGGAUCCUCGCCAGCGACGCUUCUUCAAGUCCAACGACCUCUUUGAGCUCUUCACCUUAGGCUCGGACAGCAGCAAUCACGGCACGGAGACUAGCGCCAUCUUUGCUGGGGUCGGCUCGGACGUGAAGGUCAGGACAGCCGCCCGUCCCAGCCCGCCGAGGAAGAAGUCUGUCGAGAAGACUAGAGGCGAGAGAAGAGAGGAUGGGGAAUCUAGAAAGAGACCCUCAAAUAAGAAAACCGAAGAUGAUGCGGAGAAGAAGACUACACUUGAGGAUGCAGCUGGCUGCAGCCAGUCCCUGUCAAACGCAUCCCAGGACAGCCCGGGACCAAGCAGAAUAAACAGAGGCGCAGAAUCACCAGAAGUUGCCAAGGAAAGACCGUCGGAAUCGACGGAGCCGCCAAAACCCAAUGCCACAUCCUCACCAUCGAAAAAUGGCUCACUCCACAAAGUAGAGAAGAAAAGGAAGAAAAGGAAAGAUGCCAGACUUGAUGGUCACCGCAUAGCCCAUUUGGCCAAGCAUGCAGCGUAUCGCCCCAAGACAGACAAGGAGGAGAAACCAGCACAGACUGAUGCUCAGCAAGACGACUACGUGCUCACUAAACUCCUCAAGAAAUCAGGCGUGCACAGUGCCCUCCAGCACGACAGCAUCAUGCAGGCUGGACACCCAGACUAUCUUCUAGUGGAAGGCGAGGCGGACCGUGUGGCCAGGGAUGCAGUCCAGGCCCUGCGACAGUCCAGACGACACUGCCACCGAGCGUCAUCCGGCGUGCCGACGUGGACGGGAUCGCGGAACCAGGGAGGCAGCACGCCACCACCUAAAAAACCCAGAUUUGGACAGAAAUCCAACAAUAAGGUUGCUGGUCUUCUCGGUGGUAGCAAGAUACCAAAGGACAAAGACAAACAGCAGAAGCAAGCAUCUGCUACUCCUACCCCUAAGCCUCAGCACUUCUCGGGGACCGAGCUGAUCGAGACUGCUGCAUCUAAGACAAGCACCAAGACAGCCACCCUGCCGUCCUCCCAAUCCCUCCUCUCCCAGAUGAGGAAGCGCAACUCCCUCACCACCGCCUCAGACCCAGACUCCGUCGCCGGUUCCUCCACGGACCAACCCCAACGUGAGCUGCUGUCCGAUAUUAGGGAUUUUGUGGCCUUCCAGGCGGGCACCCCGGGCCAGGCCAGCACGGCCGAGAUCCUGGGGAAGUUCCAGGCCAAGCUGCCGCCCAACGACUCGGCCCUCUUCAAGUCCAUGCUGAAGGAGAUCUGCCAGUUCCAGCGGGUGGACGGCGGGGGAGUCUGGAGACUCAAGGAGGACUUCCGCUGAAAGAAGUAGAUCUUGUUGCCGUUAUGCCUCCUCCACUUUGGUGGAUGGUUGAGAAGAUAGAAAACUCAACAAGGACAAAUGCUGAAAGAAGUGAAUUGGAUCACUGUCACACCGCAUGCUACAGGGAGUGAAAUCCGGGAAAAAACAAGAAGUUCUACCAAAAAAGGAGAUCCCUUUGAUGAUAUGUCGUGUAAAAAUCUGCAAAGAGAGACCCAACUGAACACCUUUCUUAUCCAGUAGGAACUGAACUUCUCUCGGCAGGGAACAUUUAGAGAAGACAUUGCUUCUCAAAGAUGUAGUCCCAUAACUGUCUUUAGUUGAAAUUUUGAUCAAGUCUUAUGUUUGAUUGACACCGAAUUUAGUUUGAGUCUGCCUGAGAGAAUGGAGCUUCAUUUUUGAAAAUGUAGAAAAGAGAAGUUGUCUCCUUGGUAGAGGUUUUGUGUUUGGUAUUUAAAAAAUGAUGUCUUUUAAUCUUCCUGCUCUUAAGCAUUUCUUUGACAGGAAGAGAUGGAUUUAAGUGAGGUAGACAUUAGUCUGGUAGCCUUGCAUGCACUCUGAUCAUGGAGGUUGAUUGUGUGCAUUGAUCAAAGUGAGAAAUUAUGAGGCCAGGUCUAUCUUAGUAUCAGUUUUUCGUUUCAUGAUGUUUGUUUUCAUAUUGGUCAGUUUAUGGUUUUGUCAAAUUUGUUUAGAGCUGUCAAUUGUUUUGGUCAAAGUCAAAGUAUUUGAUGGUGUGUGAAAAUGUUUGAUGCUUAGUCAAAUGUUUGAUGGUUUGUCAAAUUGUUUGAUGGUUUGUCAAAUUGUUUGAUGGUUUGUCAAAUUAUUUGAUGGUUUGUCAAAUUUUUGAUGGUUUGUUAAAUGUUUUAUGGUUGGUCAAAUUGUUUGAUGGUUUGUCAAAUUGUUUGAUGGUUUGUCAAAUUUGGUGAUCUUGCCGAAAACCAUCUAACACUCUGGCAGCACCAUCAAACACUCUGGCAAUGCCAUCAGAUACUCUGACAACGCCAUCUAUUACUCUGGCAACAGCAUCUAAUACUCUGCCAACAGCAUCUAAUACUCUGGCAACAGCAUCUAAUACUCUGGCAACACCAUCAAACACUCUGGCAACGCCAUCAAACACUCUGGCAACGCCAUCAAAUACUCUGACAACGCCACCAAACACUCUGGCAACGCCAUCAAACACUCUGGCAACACCAUCAAAUACUCUGACAACGCCACCAAACACUCUGGCAACGCCAUCAAACACUCUGGCAACACCAUUAAAUACUCUGACAACGGCAUCAAAUACUCUGGCAACGCCAUCAAACACUCUGGCAACACCAUUAAAUACUCUGACAACGGCAUCAAAUACUCUGACAACACCAUCAAAUACUCUGACAACAGCAUCUAAUACUCUGGCAACGCCAUCAAAUACUCUGGCAACGCCAUUAAAUACUCAGACAACGGCAUCAAAUACUCUGACAACACCAUCAAAUACUCUGGCAACAGCAUCAAAUACUCUGACAACGCCACCAAACACUCUGAC